AUGGAGUUCUUCCUUGCUUCAUUACAUGAAACAGUGAAAUCAGAAGCUGAAAUUGUUCUAACAUCAAUAGUACCUUUAUUGAAACUCCUCUCUAUAACUGUCAUUGGUUUAGUUCUUGCUCACAAGAAAAUCCAAACUAUCCCAAAAGAGACUUUCAAGAUACUAAGUGAACUUGUUUUUGCUCUAUUUUUGCCCUGCCUGAUCUUCACCCACCUUGGUCCAUGCAUUAGUCUAAAAAAUUUCAUUCAUUGGUGGUUCAUCCCUGUAAAUGUUGUUCUCAGUACUGCAAUUGGUUGUGUGUUGGGGUUAUUGGUGGCUAUAAUUUGCAGGCCACCACCUGAAUACUUUCGAUUCACCAUCAUCAUGACUGCAUUUGGAAACACGGGGAAUAUCCCUCUUGCAAUUGUUUCAUCAGUUUGCCACAGUACUGAUAACCCAUUUGGCGAGGAAUGUUAUGCAGCUGGUGUGGCAUACGUAUCCUUUUCUCAAUGGAUUUCUGUUAUUCUUGUAUACACUCUUGUUUAUCAUAUGAUGGAGCCCCCAUUGGAGUCUUAUGAGAUUGUUGAAGUUGAAGAAGGGGCCGCUGAGAUUGAGGAAGUACCUGCUGAUGAUCUCAGUAGGCCACUUCUUGUUGAAGCUGAAUGGCCAGGAAUUGAAGAUAAGGAAACAGAACAUUGCAAGACACCCUUUAUAGCAAGGCUUUUCAAUAGCAUCUCUGGCAUCUCACAAUCAACUAUUCAGGAUCUUGAUUCAGUGGAGGAAAGUCCAAGUAGUCCCAAGUCUAUUACGUGUUUGGCUGAGCCUAGGAUGGUAAGAAAAAUCAGAAUUGUAGCUGAGAAAACUCCAAUUCAUCACAUUCUUCAACCACCAACAAUUGCUUCUCUGUUAGCUAUUAUUAUAGGACUUGUCCCUCAGCUCAAAUCUUUUGUUUUUAAUGAUGAUUCUAUUGUCUCUUUCAUCACAGACAGCUUAGAUUUUAUGGCUGAGGCAAUGGUGCCUUCAACUAUGCUUAUUCUGGGUGGAAUGCUAGCUGAGGGUCCCAAUGAAUCUAAUUUAGGGAUCCGAACUACAAUUGGAAUCAUUGUAGCAAGGCUUUUAGUACUUCCUUUGUUUGGAAUUGGGGUCAUCAUGUUGGCUGAUAAGUUAAAUUUUUUGGUCUAUGGGGAUCAAAUGUACCGGUUUGUGCUGUUGCUGCAAUACACAACGCCAAGUGCCAUUUUGUUGGGGGCAAUUGCAAGCUUGAGGGGUUAUGCAGUGAAGGAGGCAUCAGCACUCCUCUUCUGGCAGCAUGUGUUUGCUCUAUUCUCCCUUUCGUUGUAUAUAAUUCUGUACUUUAAUGUGCUGCUUUCUUAUGUCUAAGGUCUGGUCGUCUGCCUCUUUUUUUUUUUUUUUUUUAAUUUUUUUUUAACUUUAUGAAAAGCAUGUAAUAGCCAUUUGACAUGCUGAUUUCAAAUAGUAUAUUUCUAUUCUGAAUGUGAUUAAGUUGAAAGGUUGUAUCCAUAACAAUCAGAUGUAAUUUACUUGUUCUUUGGUUUUCUUCAUUUCCAAAUUUAAGAAACCAUCUUUGUGAUGAACAAUCUGUGAAAAGAGGUUCAUGAUUUCCCUGCCAUGGAACAAAAAAGAGCGACAUUAGGGAACGUUCUUGACCUGCCCAUGGAGGUUUCCAAAACCACCGGCAAUUUAGUUACUUCAGUCUUCAUUAUGUUUCUGAUUCUUAUUUUGGGCAUGAUAACCUAUCUAAGGAAUGUUCCAUGAUACCUCCCCAAUGGAUUUCCAAACCACUGGCAGUCUAGUUUCUUGAUUUGUCACUGUUUCCUUAACUAAUAUCUUGCCAAUCCAAGGUUCAUCCUGUUAUGGAUGCAGAGGCAUGUUUAUAUAUCUUCUGCAAACAACUAUAAUACAUGCCUUAAGAUCUGAUAAAUCUUUGAACUUUUACUUCGGGGUGCACAGGAUGCAAGGUUAACAUAGAUUUCCCACAGGUAUUGAUGUUAGAAGACUUCUUCCAUAAGAAGCAGACCAUGAAAGGAGGGAUGGCAUCAGGUUUAGACUUAAGAUUAUUUGAUGUCAAACGGCUCAUAAACUUCGGCUGUACUUUGCAGACAAGAUUUCUCAUGCUGCAGAAGUUUUUGCAGAUCUUCGACAUAAACCUGAUCUUUUUCUUUUCUUUUUUACUUUUUUCUCUUUAGCAAUCUGAAAGGUUGGUAUAAAUUAUACAUUCAUUCUUAAAGUUAAUCUGCUUGUCUCAAAAUUUUUUUUUCUCAAGUCGAGUGACUUGGUUAAAGGUAUUCCUAUCAUUAUGUCUUUUUGGAGAGCACAUAAAAGUGUAGCUCA